AUGUGCAGUAUGGUUGAAUUAGCAUUACUAUAGUAAUUGUAACUUUCUGUAUUUCCUGACCUUUAUCCAUGCAACCCUAAGGAUUCAUUAAUGUGACUUCAAAAUGCUAUUUAUAUUUUUUUGUGCUUGAUAAGCUUUUUUUUCUGGUCAGUACUAAGAGAAGCCUUCCGAAGGAUCCUAGGAGGAGAUGAGAGACAGGACAAGGCUAUGAGGUACAGCAAAGCAGUUUGCUCCCUUUUUUGUGCUGUUCUAGCAGCAUCUCAUCUAAGACCAUGGUUCAGUGUUAAUCAUCACCUCUGCAGCAAUGGUAAACAAUAUGGAGCAGAGUAGAAACAAGACAAAGACUCACUGAGUGCAGUGAUACUGUAUUUCACUCCAGAGAAUGGUUGUUAUUCCCCUGAUGGAAGAGAGAAACAUUAUUUAUUUUCUUUUUGAAGAGCUGGACGUGCUUAAUUAACAGCUCUUCUGUUUGCCCCUGCCCUGAGGGAAAAAGCUUUGAGAGGAUGGAGAAAGAGAGGGAAGCACUCUUGGGAUACAUCCGCUGGGAAGGAGAAGAGGAAAGGGGUGAGGAAGAUGGGGUAGCUCCCGGUGCUUCUCAUUCCAGCCAAAUGAGUGAAUUGGAAGAUAUGCAGGUGGAGAUGCUUGAGAAGGCAAGGGAGCUCUUCCAGCUGUGUGACAAGGAUGAGAAGGGUUUUAUCACCAAGGUGGACAUGCAGCGGCUCCAGACUGAACUCCCCCUAACCCUUGAACAGCUGGAGACGGUUUUUGACAGUUUGGAACAAAACAAUAACGGAUACCUGACGCCUGUGGAGUUCAGCAUGGGACUAGGAAAGUUAAUAGGGAUUGAAUUGUGUCAAGGGGCUGGGAGAAUGGAUCACUCCAGACAGGAGGAGACCUUUGAAUCAGGCUGGUCAGAUGACUUGGACCCAGUGGAUGAUGAAGAGAAACGAUUUUGUUCCAUGAUGGAGCAGUUCGGAACAGCCCACAUGUUUGAAGAUCCACAUGAGAUUAGGGAGCUCUGGGCUCAGCUACGAAAGGAACGUCCGGAGUUCAUACCCAGUUUUGAAGAGUUACUGUUGCGUGUUUCAGCAUACAUAAGGGAGGUGAAUAAUGAGAAGGAGUCUAUGGAGCAAGCAUUGAAGCGGAAGGAGACAGACCAUGACCGAGAAGUCAGGUGCCUUUAUGAAGAAAUGGAGCAACAGAUCAAAGCAGAAAGGGAGAGGCUGAUCUGCCAGGAAGCACUGAGACAUGACAGGAGUAACCUGCUCCAGAAGGAGCUGCACAGCAAAGAGCAGGAGCUGGAGAAAAUCCUCUAUUGCCAGAAGAAGCUGGAACAUCAGCUACAGUCUCUGAGCUCGGAGCAGCUGGAGACUCGCAUGCAGAACGAAAGGCUCCGGUACCUGAAUGAAAACCUGCUGGAAGAGCUGGAGAAAAGCAAAUGGGAGCUGGAGGCAGUGAAGGGGCAAUUACAGAAGCUCCAGAAAGAGGCUCAGCUUGAACAAGAGCAGAAGGACAGGGAUGUGUUUAGAGUCUCCAAGAACAUGCAGAAAGAGAAACAAAGCCUCCUUCGGCAGCUGGAGCUCCUCAGUAGGGAGAUGAACAAGAAACUUCGAGAUAAGCGAGAUGCUUUUGAAGCCAAGAAGCUGGUUAGUUCAAGAAAGAAAAUCCUAAUUCCUGGCCACCCUCCUUUCGUCUGCUGCUGUUGCUGUCCUCACUCGGAAGCCUUUCACUUCCACGGGGGACAAUGACCUGAACUCACAAGGCCUAGUGUGGUGCUUAAUACAAACCUCACAGCACUUAUUUGCCUGUGCUAGAGAUGAGCUCUGCUGGUUGCUGUUGCAAUCUGCCGAGGUUUCACGCAAGGCAUAUUAGCUUGUGACUGUCACACAGCCCUGUGCAGGACUGCAGUGGGUACUGUAUGCUGCACAGCUGGGAUCUGUUCAUUGUGACAGGCACUGGGCACAUGCAAGGAGGCGAGUGAAGCUGGAUGCAUCCCUGGAGCUGAGUGGUGAGGAAGAAGAAUAUGGAUUCCCAGAUACGUUGCCAGCUGACUGGGGGUGGAGGGUCAUGGGAAAGAUUUUGAGUUUCUCUGAUCCCUUGAGUUUGUAGCUUAUGUUUUCAGAUGUUGCUCUGGGGCAGCUCCCCAUUCCUGUGAACUCUGCUGGGGUGGAGGUGCAGCAGUAAGCCUUGUGUUGUAGGGCUAGGAGAAAGCAGGGGACCUCUGGCAUCUGGAACAGUCAACUUCAUCCAUCUCUGGCCUUUCCCAGUCUCCAAGAUAAGUACAAAUAUGUGAUCUAUUUUUAAUUCUUAUUGUUUUUUUAUUGAAAAAGUCUUUGUGGUCCCAAAUGUCCUUGCAAGACUACUCUGUGCUCUUUUUGGACCCAUCCCUGCCACCAUGUGUCUUUGCCUGCUCUGCCACCAUACUUCACUUGAAGAUCUAGAAGUAGCUGUGAGCACAGGCAGUGGUAGGCUGGGAGAGACUUUCUGGCUGGUAUGUAAAGAAACAUGGAAGGAAGCACAGGGAUUGUGCCCAGCUGGGGAUGAGAUGCCCUGCUGGGGGAGAGGCUGGAGAUCUUCUCCAAGUAGACCAGCAGCUGUGUAAAAUAACUUGAGUAACAGUUUUGGAUGGAGGUGAGUUGUGUGUGCAUGUGCCUUUGUGUGUGUAUUUCUGAAAUCUGAAGGAUGAUUAUUUUUUUUCUUUCAAUUUUUAAAGCUGCUAAGUAUGUGUGUGUACCAGAGCUUCCUGAUCUCUCUUGGAGAAAAAAUAAAUCAAUAAAUAAAGUCAGUCUGUAGUAGAGUCCAGUA